UCCCCCCCCCGCCUCCCGGUCCUUUAAAUUCGUCAGAAAAGGCUGCUGGUAGUUUGGGAGUGAAGAAGAAAAUCAUAAUCAAAGCGGGCGAGGAAGCGCCAAGGAGAAGCCCUGAGGAGACAGAUUCUUCCACCAUGUCAUCUGACCAGACAUCUCAAUCUACAGUACCACCUCUCCACUCUCCAAAGUCACCUGUGUGGCCUAUUUUCCCAUUCAACAGAGAGGGAAGCCGGAUUUGUGAGAGGGGUAGUCAUCUUCUUCGGGACUUACCCAGCCCUCUUCCCACAAAAAGAACAAGGACUUACUCUGCGACGGCUCGUGCUUCUGCUGGUCCUAUCUACAAGGGUGUAUGUAAGCAGUUCUCACGCUCCCAGGGCCAUGGUUUCAUCACUCCAGAGAAUGGCACAGAAGACAUAUUUGUACAUGUUUCUGACAUUGAGGGGGAAUAUGUCCCGGUAGAAGGAGAUGUGGUCACAUAUAAAAUCUGUCCCAUCCCACCAAAGAAUCAGAAGUUCCAGGCUGUGGAGGUGGUGCUCACUCAUUUAGCACCACAUACAAAGCAUGAAACAUGGUCAGGUCAAAUAAUUGGCUCAUAAACUACUUCUUGAGCCUGCAGGAAGUGGAGUUGAAUGAUAUGGUGGGUGGUGGAACUACUGGAGCAAUGAAAGAGCCAGGCUGGCAAUUUUUGUUUGCUGUGUGACAUGUUUGCAACUUUAUCUUGUCUUUUCUAAGAUCUAAUCUUAGUUUGUAAAUGUGCUUUUUUGUUAUAGAAGGGCAAGCAAGAAAUGGAAAAGUGUUGCUGGGUAGAUUUACACUUAAGUCAUGAAUUCCUGACUGUACCCAAUAGGAUGAAAGAAAUCUACUAUCAAAGUAGUAUAUGUUGGCCACAGUGAUGUUUAUCUGGUUCUAUUCUAAACAAAUUAGUAAUGAAAGUGUCUAUUAUCCUAUCGCUUUAACAAAAAUUUCCCUUCCAUCUUCAGCAGAGGCUGUUGCAUUGUUAUUAUGCACCCUUCUCAGCCAGAACAGGCAUUCAGUGAAAUAGUAUUUUUCAGGGCACAGUUCUGUAUGGUCCAAACAUGAUGAAGCUGUCAUUCUUUCAGAGUUUUCUAAAGCACCUGCUUGAAGUUUGUUUUUUGUUGUUUGGGGUGUUGUGUGUAUUUCUUACAUGUAUAAUCAUAUGCAAAGAAAGAGCCUAUAGGUUUGCUCCUGCAUAGGGAUCACACUUCUCUAAAUUUCUAUUUAUCUUUGGCUGAGUUUGAGAUCAAUGGCUUGGUUACCACUUGUGUAUAUAAUUAUUGCUAUAGCUUCAAGUCUUCUUUCAAAAACACUUCAUGCACAGGGUCUGAAAUAAUUAUGCAGUAAUCCAAUAGAAUAUAACACUAAGGAAGGAGCAUUUCUAAAGACAAAUUAAUAAUUCACUGUGAAGUUUUGUUCAGAUAUGUCUAAAAUGGGUGGAGGGAUUUUUUUUGGUCUUAUAAAAUAUGAUAUCACCAAAAUCAGGAUCUUCUGCUUGUUGUCAUACAAGGAAGUCAGUAAAUUUUGCAAAUAAUUCUUUGCUGGAGGUAACUGAAGAAGGAACUUUUCUAAAUGUAUUAAUCUCAAAUUGACUUUAAUUUUUUCCAUGUGCAUCACAGUGGUUUGUCCCAGGUAGCCUGAACUGUAGCAGUAACUUGCUUCCAGACUGUUGUGAUAUACAUUCAGAUUAUACCUAAAAAACAACUUUUCUUAUUUUCUCUUAAUUGUAAACUAAGUUGCAUCUGUUUUUUAAAAGGGUAGCAAAAUAUAAUACAGGAAUUAAUUGCAAUUAAUAGUAUGUGUCCAAGGGUAUUCUAGAAUUCAGCCGCUACUGAAAUGUGUUAUUUUGCUGACAUUGUACUUUUCAUAUAAAGUGUUAAGUAUUGUCCAUGACUGCAUUUGUGUCUACUAAAAGUAAUACAUAAUAAUAAAAUCCCCUGCAGAUGAAGCUUUCUUUGUUAGAAGAUUAUAUUAUUAUUAACAUUAAAAGGGACUAGAAUGGUCUUCUUUACAUAGUGUCUCCAGAUGUUACUGGGAGGUGCAGUUCCAAUUCAUUUGGUCUGUAUUAUGCUAGGAAAAUCUGAAAUAAAAUCACCAGGAAGCAUCUGUUUCAUCCUCUUAUAUUAUGAUUGAUAGUUUCCGGCCAUGAAGAUCUGUUUGAAAAAUAGCACCUUUGUUUAUUACGCAUUCAUCAAUGUAGGCUUCAGUAUUAUCUGCAUGUAAUUGCAUUUCUGAAUACUUCUCACAACACAUUUCCUCAGAAUGGAUGUUUAGGCUAAUUCUCCCAUUUUAACGAUUAUCCUCUAUGUGACUGGAGAAUGAGGAUUAUGUGUAGAAGAGAUGAAGAAAUGUUCAGCAGAGGUAAGAUUAAUGGGUAGUAUUAAAUAAAUGGUAUCUAGUAGUAUUGUCCUUCAGUUGUUCCAAUUCUAUCCAGUGUUUUCCCCAACAUCUUAAUUCCCCAGGAUAUACAGGGUCUUGUUUAAAAGCACAAUAUUGAUUUAGAUGUAUUAAGAAGAGUUUCCCAGGAUACCAUGUACAUUCUCAGAACUUGCAUGGAAUUGUCAGGCAGGCUAAACUGUAUGAUCUGCUGAGUUGAAAGCAUAUGGGCAGUGCCACGCUGAAGUUGCAUGAUCUUGGAGAGAAAAGAUGUACAUGGAUAGAAAGUUUUUAAAUUAAUGCAUGGAAGCAAGCACUAUGCUUCUAGGAAUUAGUGGGUGUGUUUAAGUAAAUGAAGUAAGUAAGAAUGUGAGCGAUGUGGAUUUAGUGAGGCUCUCUUGAAUGAGAUGAGGAAGUCUGAAAAUAGAGCCUAUAGCAUAAUGGUACUGCAGUAUGCUGGAAUAAAACUGGUGUCUAUAAAAGAUAUGCUUUUUGUAUUUGGGACGUAUUUCCAGUGUCCUUAAUGAGUUUGUAUGAAUGUCUGUCCAACAAACUUACUGUUUGUAUUUGUGGGAUUUCAGCCCCUUUGAUCUUUUACAAACUUGCACUUACGUGUGAGGUGAGACGGGGAGGGUUCAGGAUAGGCUGUUGCUCGGUAGAAAUAGACAUUUGAAAACAGCCUAAUGUUCAUAUUUAGUUUUCAAUGGGGACACCCCACACAGAUAGUUUAGUUCUACAGUAUACUGCCAGCCUAGAUUUAUAAUAAAUUUCAUGCAAGGUAGCCAGAGGGUGUUGAGUUCCGUUCUAUUUAUAUUUCAACCCAGAAGAUUAAAGAGAAAGCCCUCAUAGCUAUAAGGAUUUGGGGACUUCCAAAUGAUACCCGAACUAGCUGUAAGGAUGCCAAUCUAAUGCAGUGUUUUUCAAACUUGGCAACUCUAACAUGUGUAAUUCAUAUCCCAAAUUUUCAUAGCCAAUGUAGGGAAUUCUGGGGCCUGAAGUCCAUAUGUUAAAGUUGCCAAGUUUGAAGAACAUUGAUAUAACGCAACCUUUCCCAACUUAGCUCUCUUCUGAUUUGCUAGGGCUACAACUCCUGGAAAGCCGUAUUGUGAGGAAAUUCUGGGAACUGCCAUUUCAAUACACUUGGAGGGUGCCAAGGUAGAGAAGGCUUUCAUACAGUUCUUUCUUGGAUGGAUGUUACUCUACAGCCGAGUUUUUAAAAUAUUCUCCCAUAAGCCCGAUAUGGAUCGAAAUGGAGUGCAAUUUUAAGAAAAGUUCUACCCUAGUUCUUCCUGAAUUUGUUUCUUCAUAUAGGAGCCUAAAAUAAAAUGGUACCCUAACAGUCCCCUUCUGUUCCCAAUAUGCUGUUAACUAACAUAUUCCAAGAAAUCUGUUUGUGGAUUUAUUACAACUGUGUUUGUGAUAAAAAAUGAGUUCUUUCCAAGCAAAGCUAUUAAAAAGUUGGUUAAGGUCAUUCUUAACCAGGGACAUUAUUGUUCCCUUUUUCCUGACAUGUCCUCAUUAUGCUAGUGACAAAUGAUAUGAAUAUUCUGCCUCCUUCAAUUAAAAAUCCAAAUAAAACAUUCCCAAUGGUCUGUUUUGAAAGAAAACUCCAUACAUGCAGGAGAAAAUGGAGUAUAGUGAUUUUGAAAUCAAUUAUCAUUCUUCUGUAUGUAGAUAUAGAGGGAGAAUUUUUCUGGACUUUUCCUUGCGAUGCAGCAGCUGCUCUUAAGUCCAAUGAAGUGAAGAUCUGGAGGCCACUUUCCUUUUGCUGUAUGAGAUAUGCUUCCUGUAACAGUUGGAGGAACUUCCUGCACACAUGUAACACCAGCAGCUUCUAGCUUAUCUCCCUCCUUGAUGGUGCAAUACCAGUGGGAGUGCCACAAAACUGUGACUUCUGAGAAUGCUUUUAAUUCUUUCUAAAAUAACCUUGUUAUCUAUAAUGUGUCUGUGUUCUAACAACUUUUUGUGUGGUUCUUGCCUCUUUAAUCCCAUGUUGAUCUUUGUAACACUGGCAAUAAAUUAAAGUGACUUUCCAAGA